AUGGCGGCUCUUCCGGGAGCAUUUCAAAUGGCUGAGCACGCCCCCCUUCGGUUCACGACCUCGAGGCUUCCGACCACGAUUGUAGGCAGAACCAGAUCCCGGUGGCUGGCGUGCGACAGCUGCAAGUCCUCAAAGAACCGAUGUGAACGGGCUUCCGAAGCAGUCUCGUGCAAUCGAUGCUUGAAAGCGAACAGGCUCUGUGUCGUGGCUGGCGUCAUCCUUCAGGUGCCGGCGUACACAGCUUCCCACAUCAACCAGCAAGGAAAGGAUCCGACCUCCGCUCAAAUAUGGUACAUCCGCAAGACCUGCGAUGCGUGCCACGCCUCCAAGGUGAAAUGCGAACGCACUUCAGAGUCGAUGCAGCAGUGUGACAGGUGUGCGAAGACCGGCAGGGAAUGCAUAACCACCCCUAGCACCGGUCCUAGAUACCAUUGCCGGAGACUUGAGGUACUACCUCUUCCAACGGGACCAAAUACUGCAUUAGACAUCAACAUCGCAGACACCGUGGCUGCUACCAACACACCGUUGGCGCCGGCUACUCACGCCAACCACCUCGGCGCAGAGAGCAGGUGGAACGGUGCUUUGGAACAAGACAGUCGUGCUGCCGGGCCAUCCGACGCUCCCACAGAGGCGUUGCAGAAUGGGGUCGCAACGCACAUCACCCGACAAAAUUACCAGGCUAAGCUGGGGGAGCUCCAGCGGGAAGUUCUGGCGGACCUGGAGCUUGUCAAAUACUGCAAGGCGGCCGACAAAUGUCCGGAGGCAACACUUCCUCCAGAGCUGGGCUACAAUUCCUCCUUCUUGGUCGGACGGAUGCUCGCGCAAUCCAAGACACUACUGGAGAUACUGGACCUGUUUGGUCCCGCUGCGCUGGCACCUACUCCUUCAUCAGAAGGAGCUGCGCCCGAUGGUAUUUCAACCACCAACGGAAGUAGCCGGUGCGAUGUGCCCUCGAUGUUCUCGCUCUUCUCAUGUUUCGUCUGCCUGAUCCGGAUAUACCGAACCAACUUCUCAAGCAUUCUCGACUCGAUGCCGAUGCUAUUCGGCCUGGAACGACCGGUGCCCCAAUUAUUCCCGGGUCUCAACCUGGGGGGCUUCUCGCUGGACUACCAUCUCGAUCUGCAGGUCCAGCUCCUCCUGCAGAUCAGUAACGAAACGUUGUCAAAACUGAAGGCAAAGUUCGGGAUUGCAGACGUUCGCGGACUUGCGGGCAAGAGUGUGUUUGAGCCGGACAAGACAAGGAUGCUGGUUGCGAUGUUGGGGGAGGAAGCCCGCGAGCAGCCGCCACUUCACGAGCCGCGAGGCCACUGUGCGCCAUUGUCGGAGAUCUUGAAAGACCUGCACCACAUCAUUCAAGCAGAAAAGGCAAAGAGGCAGCAGGGUGGCUAG